GAAGAGAUGAAUAUUUGGAAGGGAGACACUCAAAUUCUAUGGUAAGCGCGUAGGGUCACAUAUCUCAAGCCUCUUCUAGCCUAUGACGAGAGAGCGUCUUCACAACUCGUCAACAAAUUUUUUUUAAUUUCAUUCUGUUUAGCUGAAAAUUACAUCCUGACGAAGGCGAAGAAGAAGAAAAAAGGUGACAUCUUUUCAGUGGCGACCUCUCUCUGCCCUCGCUCUAUUGUGAUUUGCAGAUAAGGUGUUUGUCUUUUAUUUGAUGGUAGCGAAUAGCAAUUGAGAAGAUAUAGCUUUACAAGCUCUGGAGAGGGAGAGAAAAAGACAAGAUUUUGAAGUGAAGAAUAGGGAGGUGUGUUUACAGAAAGAGAGGGGGAAAUGGGCGGUUCCAAGACGGAAGGGACUUCGGCCCCGGCGAUUCGCCGAGACCCGUAUGAAGUUUUGAGCGUGACUAGAGAUUCAUCCGACCAGGAGAUUAAAACUGCUUAUAGAAAGCUUGCUCUCAAGUAUCAUCCCGACAAGAAUGCUAAUAAUCCUGAAGCUUCAGAACUUUUCAAGGAGGUUGCAUUUUCUUACAGCAUUUUAUCCGAUCCAGAAAAAAGAAGACAGUAUGAUAAUGCAGGUUUUGAGGCUCUUGAUGCUGAGAGCAUGGAUAUGGAAAUUGAUCUAUCUAACCUUGGAACAGUCAAUACAAUGUUUGCUGCACUAUUCAGCAAGUUGGGUGUCCCCAUCAAGACUACUAUUUCUGCCAAUGUUCUUGAAGAAGCUCUGAAUGGAACUGUUACAGUCAGACCUCUUCCAAUUGGAACAUCAGUUAGCGGAAAGGUGGAAAAGCAAUGUGCCCAUUUCUUUGGCGUAACUAUCAAUGACGAACAAGCCGAGACAGGGAUUGUAGUUAGAGUUACUUCAGCUGCACAAAGCAAAUUUAAGCUACUAUAUUUUGAGCAAGAUACAAAUGGUGGAUAUGGUUUGGCUUUACAGGAAGAUAGUGAGAAGAGUGGAAAGGUGACAUCUGCGGGGAUGUAUUUCUUACAUUUUCAAGUGUACAGAAUGGAUUCAACUGUGAAUGCAUUAGCAAUGGCGAAGGACCCUGAAGCUGCUUUCUUUAAAAGGUUGGAAGGCCUUCAACCUUGUGAGGUCUCAGAGCUAAAAGCUGGCACUCACAUAUUUGCUGUUUAUGGAGAUAACUUCUUCAAAACUGCUAGUUAUACUAUCGAGGCUCUUUGUACAAAGUCAUAUGAGGAUACAACUCAUAAGCUUAAGGAGAUUGAGGCUCAGAUUUUGAGGAAGAGAACUGAGCUACGCCAAUUUGAAACAGAAUACAGAAAGGCAUUGACACGCUUUCAAGAAGUAACCAACAGAUACAGCCAGGAAAAGCAAUCUGUUGAUGAGAUGCUGAAACAGCGAGACAGUAUCCACUCCUCAUUCACCGUAGGCAGGUCAGUCAUCAUCAGUAGUGGCAGUGGUACUCACGUAGGUAAUGGCAGUAGUAGUAGCAAAGUUCCUAGUGAAGAUUUCAAGGCCGAGAGCCCGGGGGAAGAGGGAAGCUCAGAUGGGAAGGAUAAAUCAUCCAAGAAGAAAUGGUUCAAUCUUAAUAAAAAGUUUGGUUGAAAAGCGGUGGUUAGAUGCUCUUACAUUCUUAAAUCAUCUCUAUGUGGGUUUGAAUUCACUCCUUGCACUCGAAAACACUUUGGGCCACUGCUGUACCGCGUGUGGAAGGCUCACCUUGUGUUUCUUUCUUUUUCGAUUUUUUUUCGUUCCCUUCUGGGUUCAGCCAAGGGUGUUGUUCUUUACUUGCUUGUGAUGAUCCAUUUCUGCAAGAAAUUGCAGAAUAUAAAGGUUAAUGUAUCUAUAUUAUUUUUCUUAGUUAUUUAUUGAGAUGAAUUCAUCAUCAGCCUCCAAGCUCAUAUAGCUAGAACAGAGCUGCUGAAACUGUAAUAUUUGAUUUGUUCAUUGGGUUUUGUUGUAAGAAAGAAUUCCCCAUUUUCUUUUCCGAUUCGAACAUCUUGAAGUAUAAUUAUCAUCCUUGUUUUAUUUCCA